AUGAGCAGAUCAUUGCAUCCAUCAAAUAUUAGUUUUGCAGAGGGUGAAACGGCCAAAUACGAGUGCAACGUCCUACCGGUGUAUUCAGAGUACACCGGGCCUGUUUCGGAGGGAUCACAGUUCUGGAAUGCUCAGAAAGCUAGCUGUUCCGUGGACGGACAGGAUCAGAUUAUAAAUUACAUGAGAGGCAGGAGACUUGUUGGAAAGGAACACUGUUUUGAGGGAGAGUACAAAGUGGGUGUAUUCCGACGCGAGAACAUCGAUGGAGUACAAAACACGUUCAGGGAGGUGGGAGAGAGUAGAGCCAUUGUGAACUACGGGCACGAGAGAUUGCCAGAGGAGAACGACGCGAUUGAGAAGCUGGUGGCCUGGAUUUCUGUGUCGGAACAGAUCCACGAGGAGUGA